AAAUCGUGACAUUUUGUUUAAUGGCUUCGUCUUUAAUUGUUGUAAAUUUACUUGUAUAAAAUAGAGAAAAACAAAGACUGAAACACCAAGAAUGGAUACAAAUUUCGAAAACACACAUUCUACAGAAGCGAAGAAAAAAGUUCAGCUAAUGGUGGAAUGCAUUAAGUACCAUCUUGAUGAUGAGGAAUGCCUUCGGAAAAGUCUUCUUGCAGUUGCUUCAUUAAGUGCUACUAACACUUUUGUUCAAGACUAUCUGAGAGAAUAUGGUUGUUUAAAGUUUAUAUUGAAUAUAUUCACUUCAAACAGCAGCUCUCAAAUAAAAGAGGCUACAAUGUUCUGCUUGGCUUGUGCAAUAGAUCAAAAUGUUUCUUCCCAAAAAUUCAUGACUACAUCUUUUGUCUUUGAACAUUUAAGCAAAAUACUGUCAUAUGACAUACAUACCAAUAACUUACAUCAUACAGCGACAUACUUCAUCUCCUGCAUAACCAAUAACAAUAGUUAUGGUCAGAUGAUUUGCAGAAAAUCCACUUGCUUGAAAAAUCUUCUUGCCUUAUUCAGAUCAAUAACAGACAAGAAGACAAAGGAAAGAGACAUUUUGGAAAAUGCCAUUGUACAGAAUGUUGAGCUUCUUGUUAUUGUCUGCAAUGCAAUAUGUACUUGUGUAAACAAUCCAAGAAACACUGAGAAUCAAGAAUAUUGUGCAAAAUAUGUUCUGAAUUUGAGUUUGCUAUUCAUCAAACAAUGCCAACAUCUUUUAGCUGUGCAAAGUGUAGUAAGACUUAUUGCAGUACUUGUUGCUUCUAAUGAGACCAACCAAAAUACAUUGCGAGAAAUGGAUGGAAUUGAUGUAUUAGUAAAGACAAUGAAGAUAUACACACUUGCUACAGACAAUGUUUAUAAUGCUGAAUAUUUGAAAACUGCUGUUUUAUUAACUUCAGCUCUUGAUACAUGUCUUUUGGAUAAUAUGACCAAUGCUGAAUUGUUUGGUAAUUAUGGUGGAAUAGAAAUUUUAGUGAAGCUACUUCAUCUCUGUCACAAUGAUACACCCAAUCAAAUCCAAAUAAUUCUUGCAAUAGCACAUGCUACAGACCAUUCUGAUAUCAACCAGCGAUAUUUUGUUGACUGUGGUGGCCUUGUUCUUGUGGUCAACUUGUUCAUUGAAUCUCCUGAAAAUACAGAACUACGAUCUGCUUUAAAGUAUGUCCUACAGAUUUGUGUCCCAGAUGGUUCCAAUCCUCUUAAUACCACAGAAAACAGUGUGGCUGACAGCCAAUUGAAUGAUUACCAAAUGCAACCCACCAAGGAAAACACAGAAUUACUCUCAGAAAAACUUGACUGUAUUCUUCAAAAGUUGGCCAAGUUAGAAAAUGAAGGGAUUAAAACCCACUCUACAACAAAUUCAUCAACAUCUAUAAAAGAAUUCCGACUGGACCAUGGCAGACACAAAGUAAAACAACACAUUUCUAGUUUCAAGAAGUUACACAGCUCUCGUCCUGAAAGCCAAAACUCAAAGACAUCCAAAUCAGCCAAUUGUAUCACUACUGAUCACAAUGGAACAUAUAUUUCAGCCCCUAAAAGUCUUACCAAUAUGGAUGAUUCCGCAUCUCAAUGCACUAAUUUCCAAGAAUAUGAUUAUAGAAAAAGAGAUUGCUUUUUAUCUGUGCCAGUCUCUGCUAAUAGUAGUAUAUUCUCACCACUGAACAAAAAAUUACUUCAUACUGCCAAUAUAUCCAAAAAAUUUGGAAUGUCAUCAAAAUACCGAUAUAAAGGUUUAGCUCCUGAAGAAUUGACAGAUCCCAGCUUACCUAAUAAUGCUAGGUUUUCAAGUGAAGUUUCAUACAGUCAUGCUUAUUUUGAUAAUUUGCCAAGGAAGCUGUUUGGCAGACCUUCUGCUCCUUCAAGAAAUGAACAUUACCAGCAAAACUUGAUACAGGAAAAUUCUCCAAUAUCAAAAAAGCCUUUACCUAAUUCUGCUUUGGAGCAGUCGACAUGUGAUUCACCAGUUCUUUUUCAAGAACCUUCAGCUUCAGGUGGAAAGAAUGAAGAAAUAUGGUCAACCACAGAAAGCCCUUCAAAUUUCAAAAAGAAAUUUCCAUCUUCUGAUAACCAAAAUAUCAUGUCAAACCAAAAUUCACUAAAUGUUACUGAGUGUUGCUGCACUUCUAAAAAGUUUACACAGUGUCCUGCUGGAAAUCCUCCAGCUUCUAGCAGAAAACAGUUACUCACAAGCCGCAAUUACAAUAUCAUUCUUGAAGUUGAUCCUCAUACUUGCCCUUUCCAUCGUCAACUCAGGCAAAUUGAAAGAGACUUAAUCAAAAAUCUUACAAAGACCAAUAAGAAAGAUAGAGUUACCAAUUCCUAUAUUCGUCAAGAAAUUCCAGGAAGUUCAGCUGAAUCAUGUAGUAGAAGUGUUUAUGAUGUUAUUUUAACACCAGACAAACAUAAAAGUUCUUGUGAUAAAAGACCUGAACAGAAAACUAAAAAGAAAAAUGAUUUCUCAAUAUGUGAAAUGAGGAGACUGAGAAGGGGAGUUAGGAAAUAUGGUUGCAACUGGACACAGAUUUUAAAAUCCUUUGAAUUUUCUCCAAAGAAAACUCCUGAAGAUUUGCGUAAUAAAUGGAGGGUUAUGAACAGGUAGCAUCUUUUAAAUUAUCAAUGUGUUUAAGUUAUUA